AUGGCAGUCUCUUUGGUUAGUGUCUUUCCCAAAAGGACAAAUUUAAUCCAUGGACGUGAAAAUCCAUUGUCAAUCACGCGAAGCUUGUAUUUGCAAAACGAGAAUGCCGUUGUCAUUUGUCUCACCGAUGGAUCCAUUAUCUUGUACUCGAUGCAAACCGACCCCUAUUCUCUUUUCAAUUCACUCUACAUUUGCUGCUCCCUUUUGGAGCCCUCAAACGAGCUUCUUGUACUUGACUCGGUCACCCUGGAGCGUGAAAUUCAGCCAAUCCUCCAAGGUUUUUGCCUUUUCCGUAUUUUCAUCCAAACAUCGCGGUGGGUGCGCCAAGUGGCUAUAUUUUUAGAUGAACUGGACUUUCAACUGCUGUUUUCGGUACACCGGCACUCCAUGGCGGUGAUAGAUUUUUUUCAGAGCCAAAAUCUGAUUGUAUCGGUGGACAGACAUCGAAACUUUUCCAUCAUCGAUAUGCUAAACCACUCCACGUGUGCCAUUAUUUCGGGGCCUCAAAACGACAACUUUGUCAGUGUGUGCUCCGACAAAAGCAAUCCAGAAAUAAUUUACUUUGUUACUGAGAUGCAUUGCAUAUACGAGUACCAGGUAACCGACCACAAAGUCAUUAGGGUUAGAACUUUUCUCUACAGCGCAUAUAUUCCCAUCCAGAGUCCAAUGGCGUUAGAAACAGCAGAUUGCACACCAUCCACUCGUUGGCAUUUGUUUUUAAUCGCUAGCAUAGCCAAUCCCGAAAGGGCAAUGUGCAAGCGAAGAGUUCAGUCCGAGUUUAUCUCCGAAUCUACCGAUUUGGAGCUUGUUUUGAAUUUGGAUCUCAACUUGCCAAUGUCGAUUCACUGCAUCCUGUCUUUCCUGUCGAUUUGGCAUUUUUGGGACCUUGAUGAGGCGUCGGAUCAAUUUCUGAUGCAGAUGGGCUUUUCAGCGGAUUAUUCCAAGGCUGCCUGUUUGCAAGGAAAAGAUAAAUCGUCAUAUGCGCACAUGUCACCUUAUUCGAUUUCCCAUUCUUUGCUGAUCGUUUUGGCAAUCAUCUUCAAGUUAGAAAACGUGCUAGACUUUACCGAUGCGUGUUCUGGCAAAGAAAGCCGCGACAAAAGCUUUUCAUUGGGCCACAAAAAAAGGGGCAACUACAUCCCCAUAAUUCUUGGAAUCUGUGCCAAGUACCAUCCAGAGCUCCACCCGAAGCUAUCAACUCCCAGGAUGAUUGGGGCCCUUUGCCAAUCCCUCUUGGAGCUUGCCUCGGUGUCGCUGAAGGGCAAUUGCCUGGCCCCACUCACUGCCUUGGAUAUCAUCGGCGAUGGGCUGGAUGUUUUUUUCCCCUUUAUCAACAUUUCAAAGCUCAUCCAUGUUCUGUUUUCGCAAUUUUCGCCCAAACAUUCAGAGGUUUUGUACAAAAUUUUUCACAAGCUUUUUUCGCCCGGAAUGAUCGAGACGCAUUCAGAGCUUGUCAAAAUCUUUAUUCAUGACCAUCUUUCUUCAAGAAGCAUCGCAAGCUUCCAAGCCACCAUCUCGUUUUUGCUUCAAAUGCUGUCAAAGUCUCCGGUUUCCCUAUCCGCCGCCCUUCCAUACUUUAUCGAUGCCAUCAUGAAGCUACUGGAUCCAAGCUUCAUGGAAAUUCGCGAAAAGGUUCUUCCACUUUGCUCGAAAUUUCUCUAUGCUUGUUUUAAGACAUAUCCGUUUAUAGAUUUCCAUUCGGAGAAGCAAAAAUAUGCCGUCGCAAACGACCGAGGGCCAAUUGUCAUUUAUGACUUGAAGACAGGAACAAAAAGCUUUGUUCUCGAAUCUUCCAUUUGUGCCAGGGCUUCCGUCAUUUCGCUCUCACCAGACGCCAACCAUGUUUGCGCGCUGACAAAUCGAGUUAGCGCUGCCAACAUGGAAAAACCCAAAACCGCCCAUUCUUCAUACCGGUCCAGUAUGCUUUUGGCAGCUCAUCUUCCGCAAAUGCCAAAGGAAGAAAUAAUCCUGAGACGCUGCAGCUGA